UUCACUUGAAUGCACCUGUAUUUGACAUUGACGUUGGUGGGGAUUUUCAUAUUUUUUAGGAAUGCUGUGACGUUAAGGCAGUCCCUACUUAAAAAUAUUCUAGAAAAAAAAAAUAAAUUUAUCUUAUUUGCCUAUCUGGUACAAAGAGAAGACUGUUCAUAUUAAAAGUUAACAAUGGAUUGUGCUUCCUUUUUGAGAAGUUAUUCGCGGUAUAUGUUGAUAUUAUUCAAUCUGAUAUUUGCGAUUACUGGAAUAAUAAUAAUUUGUGUAGCAUUAAGUGCUAAAGCAUAUUUCCAUGAAUUCGACACAUUGAUGGAAAACAAAGUUUUUUAUGUGUCUGAUUUGCUUAUUGUCGUUGGGGUAAUAAUAUUUUUCGUAUCCUUCUUUGGAUGCUGUGGGGCUAUGAAAGAAAAUGCCUGUAUGACAACAACGUAUUCUGCACUUUUGAUCGUCAUAUUUUUACUUGAGUUGGCUGUAGGAAUUUCUGGAGUUUUACUGAAAAACAGAACUGAAGAAUUUCUUAAGGACAAAUUGAAUGAAACUAUCCAAGACUAUGGCCCACAAAAUAAUGAAACUACAGAAUUAUGGGAUACUAUUCAGAGACAGUUCCACUGCUGCGGAAUAGACAAUGCCACGGAUUGGGUGAAAUUCAAAAAGGACGAUAAUCACCUUGUACCACUUUCUUGUUGCGAUAUUCCUUAUGGUGCAUUCAAAUACAACUGCACGAUUGAGAAAGCUUAUCCAGAGGGUUGCCUGAUGAGAUUUGGAGACUUUGUGAAUGAUAAUAUAUCUGCUAUAGAGGGAGUUGGCAUAGGAUUUGCUAUUGUUCAGUUGUUGGGCAUCAUUUUUGCGUGCGUUUUAUCGAAAUUCAUCAGGAGUGACUAUGAAACAGUUUAAAUUGAUAAUAUAACAAAUAUAUUCUUAUCCUUAUGUUAACAUUUAUUCCAAUAUUAAUCUACAUUGUAUAAUUCAAAUUGGGCUGUAUUUCUAGUAGUGGGUGUACUGAAGAAUACCUAUACUUCUAGCACCUAGUUAGUUUUAUGUGAUAUAAAUGUACUGAAAACUUUAGUAUGAUAGUGGUAGUAUUUUUUGUAAAUGAAAAUAAAAAUAAAAAGUUU